CAUUCCAUUCCCCUGUAGAAAGGGAACAGUUUCAUGCACACAUGUUUCUUUUCUUUUCCCUGUUUUUAGCUUCUGUACCAGUUGUGUGCCAAAAAUAAACAACAUUCUGCAACCAUAUAUGUGCAACAGCCUUCUGAUGGUUCUGAGGCCCCUCCAGCACUGCUGCUACUCCACAAGGCCAGGAAACUGUCUUCUCUAACACGAGCUGACAGGCUAUGCAUAUAACUCAGCUGAAUCGGGAAUGCCUUUUACAUCUGUUUUCAUUUCUGGACAAAAAUAGUAGGAAAAGUUUAGCAAAAACAUGUCACAAGUUACUAGAAGUGUUUCAGGAUCCUUUACUUUGGUCACUGCUGAACUUCCAUUCUCCAGCGGAACUAAAGAAGGAUAAUUUUCUCCUGGGACCUGCUUUGAAAUUCUUAUCCAUCUGCUGGUAUUCAGAGAGAGUCAAAGUGUGUAACAUUGAGGACUGGAUGAAAAACAAUUUCCAGAAAGACUUCUGUAACAGACAUGAAAACAUUGUCAGUGAUUUUUUACUAGAAGUUUGCAACAGAUGUCCAAACCUGCUGUCUCUGACCCUCUCUGGAUGUGGCCAUGUUACAGACGAUUGCAUCCUGCUUCUUCUCAAGAGCUGCCCAAACCUCAGGACGCUCAAGCUGGAAAACUGCGUGCGGAUCACUGACCAGACACUAGAAGCAGUGACCCUCUAUGGGGGAUCACUGCAAUUGCUCCAUGUGGAUUUCUGCCGGAACAUAACACAAACUGGUCUGGAGAGAGUCAGGGAAAAAUGUCCUUUGGUAAUGCUGAGAGCAGACAAAAGCGCUAACAUGAUUCCAGACAAUAAACCAGGGAAAAAAUUCAUGCUUGAAAAAGCAUUGAGAAAAUUGGUUCAGCUUUAAGUACAAGAAAUGGUCUGAACUCAGUCAGUGUGGGUAUUUCACUUCACUUCUACUCUCCUCUUGGUAGCACUGCUUCAAUGAACCGUGGUUACUCCCCUGCACUCUGGUUCCGGUCCAAACAAAUGGUUGGUAGGUUUUCCAAAGGCUGCACAGGGCCUUGCAUCUCCACUGGGACAGUCUUAAGGAAAAAACUUGUUUGCUUUCUGUUAUUACUUGUAACUGGAAACCCCUGCAGUGCUGCCACAAAAUGCCAGCCCUGAUUAAGGCUGAAAACUGCAAUUUGGAUACCCUAGGGUCUCAGAUGAGUAGAAUGCUUCUCACUCCAAAGAGCAAUAAUUUAUCUUACUGAGUUAAAACAGUAAUUUAACAGAGUUUGAUGAGAUUCUAUAAGUUUGAUGAUAACGUUCACCUGAUUAAUUACUGCAGGGAAGAAACAAAAAUUUAAGUUUGAGUUAGAAUGAUUCACACAGAGGCUAGAGGCAGAGCAUAAGGAAGACCCUCUUGUUGGGUCAGGAGGUUCUAAGCUGAUCACCCUACUUAACUCAUGAAACAAGAAAGGCCAUUAAGCUGCAGCAGAUGGUAAUUGUGUGGUUUACACAAUUUUCUGGGAAAGAGUGAUUAACAAAUGUCUGUUAAAGGAUACAUCCGUAUGGGCUUUCCAUCUUCCCAGUGUGACAGCCACAUGUAGCAAAAGCAGAGUACCUGGGAGCCAUCACUUGCUCAGUCAUUAAGGUGCCUCUGAUUUCUCAGGCUUCUCUGUUAAAUGAGGGUUGUGUUGCAGUGUGCACAAAACACGGUUUGACUGCAUGAAACGUACUUGGACAAAAUACAGAAAGAUAUUUUUUAACAUUAAAUAACAUGCAAUGUGAACAAGUGCCAGUUUACAGGAGAACACAAGUGGCUCUCAAGUACUGAAGGAGAAAGAGUCUUGGGGAAUUCGAGGGUUUGGCGGUCGAUUGAGAUUCCUGGGGAGUUCGUAGGUUCGGCGCUCAGUUGAUGUUCCCUGUGGGAGGUGGAUUCGGAGAUCGGAUGAGUUAUUGUUGAUGUAAUUUUACUGUAACCAGGGAUGUUUCGGGAGCAUAAAAACAGAGGUUAAUCGGCUGUGGCCGCAGUUCAGUUACUCUAAAUGUAACCACAAAAUUAGAUGGUUUUAUUUUUUGUGUGAUUGAAAAAAAGAAAAAACGGGAAAAAAAAAAAAAGGUGUUUUCUCCUUUUUGGUCACUUUUGAUAAGAUUGCAUGGAGACAUUUUUGGUACGAUUUUGUUUGGAAUAGUGCAUUUUU